CAAGUUAUCAUCUACUGUUUUCUUUUCUGUCACUGCGAGGUACUCAGUCUCUCUCCGUCAGCCAAAAGCCACCAUUGUUUUUCAUAUUGUUGUUCAUAGCUGUCACCAUGUUCCCCAGGGUGAUUUUGAAGGGAACUAUGAUUAAAAAAUCUCAGCAAAAGAAGAGAACAUCACCUUGCAACUACAAGGAGAGGUUUUUUGUAUUGGACACCCAAGACCUGAAGUAUUCUGAACGCAGACCGGGGAAAAAGCCCAUGCAGAAAGGCUGCAUCGAGCUGUCCAGGAUCAAGUGUGUGGAGAUUGUGUGUACUGACGUCCCCAUACCAUGCAACUAUAAGUACCCUUUUCAGGUUUUUCACAACAACCACUACCUCUACAUUUUCGCCCCAGACAAUGAUUGCCGUCAGAGAUGGGUCAGAGCUCUUAAAGAGGAGACAAAGCAUAACAACUUGGUUACAAAAUACCACCCGAACUUCUGGAUGGAUGGAAAAUGGAGAUGCUGCCAACAAACAGAGAAACUGGCGACGGGUUGUCAUGUGUAUGACCCCGUGGGAUAUGCUUCUAAAAAGCCGCUUCCUCAACUCCCGGAGCCAGAGAUGGCAGUGCAUCAUGCAGGACAGAGGAUUGUCAUCGCUCUGCAGGACUACACACCGCUUGGAGAUGAUGACCUGCCCCUACAGAAAGACCAGGAGUACACUCUGAUUAACAGCUCCCACUCCGACUGGUGGGCCGUACAGGAUGACAAGGGGAACACAGGCUUCGUACCCAGUACUUACGUGGCUGAAAAAUCCGGCAGCAACUUUGAGAGAUUUGAAUGGUACAACAAAAACAUAACCAGAGGGGAAGCAGAGGAUUUGUUAAUGAAACAGGGGAAAGAAGGUGCAUUCAUGGUGCGUGACUCGAGGCAGGCAGGGGUCUACACAGUUUCAGUCUUCACCAAAGCACCCGGAUCUAAUGGGGAGAAGAAUCCAAGAGUGAAACAUUACCAAAUCAGACAGACAGAAACAGGAGAGGCCACAUUUUACCUGGCAGAGAAAUACUUGUUCAGCACCAUUCCUGAGCUCAUUCAUUACCACCAACACAACGCUGCCGGUCUGAUAACCCGUUUAAGACACCCUGUCUCUCAAGAUGGAGGCUGCUGUCAGGAAAUUGCCGAUCCCUUGAAAGAUCAGUGGGAGGUGGACCCUGCGGAGCUGACACUGGGUCAGGAGUUAGGCAGUGGCCAGUUUGGGCUGGUGCUGGAAGGGAGAUGGAGAGAUAAGAAGGUGGCAGUGAAGAUGAUACGAGAAGAGUGCAUGUCAGAUGAGGAAUUUAAAGAAGAGGCAAAGGUCAUGAUGAGACUGUCCCAUUGUAAGCUGGUUCAGCUGUACGGUGUGCGUACCCAGUGUACUCCCAUGUGUCUGGUGUUUGAGUUCAUGGAGAAUGGUGCACUGUCAGACUACCUGCGAGCCAGGAAAGGGUGUCUAUCCCAGGACACGAUGUUGGGGAUGUGUCUGGAUGUCAGUGAGGGGAUGGCUUACCUGGAGAGCUCCAACUUCAUCCACAGAGAUCUGGCUGCCAGGAACUGUCUGGUUUCAAAGAACAAUGAGGUGAAAGUAUCUGACUUUGGUAUGACAAGAUUUGUGCUUGAUGAUCAGUACACAAGCUCCCAGUGCUCCAAGUUCCCUGUCAAGUGGUCGGCCCCAGAGGUCAUCAAGUACUGCAAGUUCAGCAGCAAGUCCGACGUCUGGUCAUUCGGUGUGUUCAUGUGGGAGGUGUAUAACGAGGGCCGUCUUCCUUAUGAGAACCGCACAAAUGCCGAAGUGGUGGAGUCCCUGAAUGCAGGCCUGAGGCUCCUGAAGCCACGCUUGGCCCCAGACGCUAUUCACCUGCUCAUGGAGUGGUGCUGGAAGGAGAAAGCAGAAGAUCGUCCAUCCUUUGCUCUCCUCCUGCACGAGUUGGCCUCCCUCGCAGACCUGUGAACCAAGAUGUGAUUUGAGGUUGAAAAUAUGAAAAUAGCUCUAUUUAUUUUAUUUAUUGAUUUAUUUCCAAUUGCUUGUCAAAUGUUUUUUUUUAAAUGUCUUUAAAAUUAUUUCAUGUAAGGUAAUUACAAAACACAAGACACUUUCAUAUUCCUAGAUUUUGCAGUUUAUCUGUUUCAUGCUGUACCUGUAUACCUCUGUAGACUGUCUAUUCCUGAGAAUCCUUACACAGUUCAUUCAGACAACUUACUGCAGGUUUAUGAUUAUGUUUUAAAUACUCCAUAAGGUCUCUGUACAUUAAAUAGGUGAGAUGGCUAUGUUGUUUAACUCACUGUUAAUUAAAUGGAUCCUUUGUCA